AUUCAUAUUAUUCGGUUUGCGGGCGAGUUGAACGUCUUCCAUUAUUGUCAUUCAUCGGAGGAAGUGGGCGGCGAGGGGCGGCGCGGGUGCCGGCGGCGGCCCCCGCGCCGUCCGCCGGCACUCAGUCGCUCGCCGACACUCUCGCUGCCAGUACGCGAGAGCCGCGAUGCCCGUCGUCUCCGCUUGACUCGGUCCGUGUGUGUGUGCCCUCGGUGAUCUCAGGCCGGAGCCCGCUCGCGUCGUGCAGUGCCCCGGACCGUCAGCGCGAGCCGCAGCAGGCCCAGCUCGCACCGGUGCCCGCGCGAACACUCGCACGCCGACGGCUCACCGCUCAGCUGACCGGCGCGCUUACUGCCUUCGAGCGCACGAGCAGCGGCGGUUGUCGUUCAGCGAGCGGCGCGGGCGGCGCGGUGACGGUCGCGAGCGCGGGCGCGGGCGCGUGCGCGGCGCGCAUGGCGAGCGCGGGCGCGCAGUUCCGCGGCGGCACGCAGCAGUGGGCCGCGGCCUACGCGCCGCCGCCCUGCCGCUACCCGCCGCCGCAGCCGCAGCCGCAGCCCUACGCGGCGCAGCCCAGCCCCUACACGCCGCACCAAGCGUUAAUAUUACAGUACACCGGCGCGACCAUGGGCGGCGGUUGCGGCACUGGCACGCGGGUGCCCACGGCGGCGUCCCCCGCCAACACCGCGUCCAGCUCUUCAUCCAACUCGGCGGGCGGCACUCGCUCCACCAGCCUCAGCACCGCGCCGCCGCCGCCCGCGUCCUCGGCCUCCACCACCGGCGCGUCGGGCGAGCAGCUCAGUCGCACCAACCUCUACAUACGCGGCCUAAGCCAGAACACCACCGACAAGGACCUCGUGCAAAUGUGCCAGAUGUAUGGCAACAUUAUUUCAACAAAAGCAAUAUUGGAUAAAAAUACGAAUAAAUGUAAAGGUUACGGUUUUGUAGAUUUCGAAACAAUCGCGUCAGCGGAGGCCGCAGUAAAAGGAUUACAAGCCAAAGGUGUUCAGGCCCAGAUGGCUAAAGUGGGUAUCUGGUUCCUGCGUAGACUGAACCGUCAACAGGAGCAGGAUCCGACCAAUCUGUACAUGGCCAACUUGCCACCGCACUUCAAGGAGAACGAUGUGGACCAACUGUUGGCCAAGUUCGGCCAGGUCGUGUCCACGAGGAUCCUGCGAGAUACCCAUGGACACAGCAAAGGAGUUGGCUUCGCGAGAAUGGAGUCUAGAGAGAAAUGCGAGCAGAUUAUCCAGAUGUUCAAUGGGAAUCCGAUACCCGGCGCCAAGGAGCCACUGCUAGUGAAGUUUGCCGACGGCGGCAACAAGAAGAAGGCUCUGUACAAGCAGAACGACAACAACGGCCGAUCGUGGCGCGACAACAAUGAAUCUAUCACUCAGGCUAUGAGCGUGACGGGCGUGUACGCGUCGGGCGCGGCGGGUGCGGGCGGUGAGUGCGCGGGCGUGUACCGCGGCGGCGUGUACGGCGUGGCGGCGUUCCACCCGCAGCUGCACCAUCACCACCACGCCGCGCACGCCGCGCACCCCGCGCACCCCGCCGCCUGGCUCGCGCCCUACGCCGCGCUGCUGCCGCCGCACGCCGCGCACCCGGCGCACGCCGCGCACCCGCCCACCAUACCCAUCGACACCGUGCCUAGCCAAUACGUAAACUGGGACAGCUUAAGGCCGGAAAAUGAGUUAUACUACUUCGCAUCGCACCCGUACCAGUACUUCGCGGGGCCCACUCCGCCGAUCAUCCAGAUGCCGAUGGAGAGCGAGCACGCGUCGACGGCGGCGUCGCCCGACGAGGCCUACCAGCCGUACCCGCCAAACAAGUAGACACUAAGCCCCGCUACAAUUCAUGCUGUACACGAGCCAAAAAUCAAAGCAACUGUGACUUUUACGAUGUUAAUUUGUUUUAGAUUUAAUUUGCGGCCGUGAUAGACUUCAUCGAAAGCUACGCCGCGCCUGUAGAUGAUUGCCUGUGUUGGCAACCGUUGCCUCAACUUUGUUUUGGCUUGUCUCUGAUCCUCUUGGCUUAGCGCUGAACGUGCGAUCCGCUGUGAUGUUUUGAUGAGGUCUUUUGACGGCCAGGAGAGGAUUUGAUGUAUAGAUUAUAGUUGCAAUUUUAAAUGUGUUUUUUACAUUAUAAUUUUAUUUUUUUGUUUUAUGGAAAAAUUUUAAUGUAAGAUUUUAGGCGCGGUUUUUAACAUGUUGAUACGAUUAUUUAAGAUAGUUAGGUAUUUAUUUUAGCAUAGUUUAAUUUCAAUGAAUUUUAAAUUUUUUUUUAUUUUUGAAAAGAUUUUUUAUCACAAAAUUAUUAUUUAAAUUGCGGACUAAAUAAAUAAUAUAAUGAAAUCGAACAAACGAUGUGCAAUCUGAAAUAUUCAAAAAGUUGUUAGUAUAUUGAAAGAGUAGAGAGUAUAAUAUAAUUUCUUUGUAACGAAACCAUAAUUUUCCUGGUUACGAUCGAGUAGAGAAGGAAUGCAAUAUCUUCGCGGUUUAGAGUAGAGAUGUAGAGGAAAUGGUCAUAUCAUGUGGAAACAAAUAUAUAUGCUACCAAAUUGUAAAGUAUGAAGUGAACGACAUAUGUUAUGAUAGGAAAGGUUUAUCACAGUUAAGACGUCGUGCAAAUAAAUAAUUAUUGCGAAGAUUAAGAAUCUUUCGUGAAAUUGUGUAUUUUUAAAAUACAAAUGGUACCGUUGCAUUAUAUGAACGGAGCAAACAGCAAAUAAAAUAUUAUUAACCUUUCGAUAAGACAUUUAAUAGUUUUGAGUAGGUAUUUUUGACCACCACGUGGGACUAUGGUCGUGAUUAAUGUAUGUAUGUAUGUAUAUGUUCAAAAUGUGUUUGGCAUGGUGCUUUAGUCGUUUUUUAUUUGGAAAAUGAUACAUAAUAUAAACUAUACAGUAUUAUCUACAUUAUUCAUUCAUACUGGUGCAGUCUUCCAAGAACCGCGAGUACCUAUUUUUAAAAGCACUUUAUUAAAUAUUGUAUCAGUUUGGAGUUUCUGUUGGAUAUCACAUCACACAUACUGUCGUGGGCUAGUCGGCGCGCAAGCGAUCUGCAGCAUCACAAUCUCAUCUCAUCUUCAUCUUCGAACAGUUACACUUCUCGCCACCUUUGUCACGUUUCUGUCACAUUUCAUUUCCACGGUUUCUAUUAGAGCGGCUUCAAAUUACACAUAUAAUAAUCGUUGAUUUCGAAAGACAUAAUUGAAAACGUCGUUGCCAAACCCAACUACAGACUGAACUUAUGUAUACCGUAAUUUCCAGAUAGUUAUUUCUUGAUCCAUGUUACGAGUCAUGCAAAGCACCCCAGGAGCGCGAAGCCGGCAACAUUAGCAAUAAGCAGUUGUAAAGUCUAUUUAUACAUUUUACGAGUCUAUACAAAUUUUUGUACGUUAAACUCAUAUUCGAAAUACGUGACUAAUGAUGUGAUCCUUUUUUGAGAAUCAUGUACUGAAUCAACCGUAGUCGUUAUGUUUGGGCGGUCGGCACAUUCCACUAGGAGACAUCAAACAAAAAUUCCACGAUUGAUUUCCACAUUAUGAAAUGUAAAGGAUUCGAAAUCCAAAGUGUGAGCGCCGUUUUGGUGUAAAUGAGCACAUUUUGUACCAUCGCGUAGGUUUUGGGUACACUUUAUGACUUUAUAUAAAAUUUGAUAUUUUUAUAUUAAAUAUAUAUAAAUUAUACAUGGAUAUGUAUACAUGUAUAUACAUUGUUGAUGGGUACGAGUAAAAACCUACUAUAUCGCAACUGUUUAAUUCUAUUUUGGCACGUCGAGAGUUUCAUCAGAACCAAAGUAUACAAAUCAUUAAAGUCGAGUAAGAAGUAGGGAAAUAUUUAUACAACCCAGGGACUGAAGACUAGCUAAAUGUUUCAUAUAUUAACUGUAUUUUAACUGACGAUUAAGAGAUAACUUCUUUGUUCAAAACCUGUGAACCGACUUUAAUAAUAAAUCAAUACAGGAACUGAAUUAGAUGAAGACAGGUUUUGAAUGAACGACGUAGACAUUGAACGAAUUAGUAGAUUUGUUAUUUGUUUCACAUAAAUUUUCAGGAAUAGACUGAGAUUUGAAUAUUUGACUAACAAAUGAGUAAAAUAAGUUUUCAGGGAUUUGGAGAAAUUAAACUUAGCUUCUGGAAUUAACAUUCGUAAAAGUAAAAAAAACUUUUAAUUGUAGAGAUCGAGUUGUAUACAGUUGCUGUUAUCAGGGACGUGACAACAGCAGACUUAACUUUACUUAGCUGACUGUCUGACAGGACAUUCAGACUGUUUCUAUGUAGAUGAAAAAAAUCUAUUCUUACAUAGUAGAUCUCGUUACAAAAGGGUGAUGAAAGUGAGAUUUUUUAGUAAUUUAACUUAGCAUUGAAAGUGUACUAACUCCGUAGAUCAGUUUUAUAAUUUCUGAUCGAGCCAAAUGUUUUGAACUGAUGAAUACCGCCUUUAAAUCUUGAACAUAAUAGACCCAUUGAUGAUGUAUCGCGCGACAUGGCGUGGUACUUAGUUAAGUAAAUCAAAUGUGUAGUCGAAGUACACUGUGGCUUCCUAUAAAAGCAGUCUUCCGAUAGAUAUUUCCGCUGUGCAUUUAAUAAUAAUCGAACUCAAAUGUGUGAAUUCAUUUUCUGUCAUUGUCCUAUAUACUUUAGUCAGAAUGAUGGCUGUAUAAAUUCCCUCCCGUUUUGAUGUCACUUCUUUUAUAGAGUAUUUAUAUUGAUUUAAUUCCACAGUGCAUAUUGAAGUCCCCCGAAUAUAAUAAGGUAACACAGAGGCACAGAGUACAUUGAAUGUAGCGUAGAGCGGCACGGACGCGGGUGCAGUGGCGGUUAGCUGAACAAGCUAAACACUGUCAAAAGCAGAUGAAAUUAUUUUUCUAAUGCUUUCCUUCCACGAUGAGCAAUAAACUUAAUUUGAUGGUAGUGCCUUCAGCUUCGUUUAAAGCAAUGAACAGAAAACGAUACAAUAUAGCAGUUGCAUGUGCUUUACACGAUAUUUUUACAGGUAGUAAGACGACUUACCGUAUUCAUAAACGUAGUAAUAAUGUAACUGUGGUUUAAAGUAUUUUGUAUUAAAUGAAACGUAAUAAUGUGGCUGUCUAAUCGUUGCAUUUUCACACACGAUGUAAAGAUUUAAUUCGGAAGGUAAAAAAAAAUCUUAGAUGUUCCUAGUUACGCACUUCGACAAUCUUGACAUGUGUGAUCAAUAUACGUUACACUGAGAUUAGUGAGGGUUCGUUAUAUUGUACAGUGAGAGCUACUCAAACGAAAAGCACAAAAUGCAUAUUGAGGAACCAAUUCCCAAAUACCAAAACUGCGAUAAAACUGAAUGAAAUCAUGUCGAUGAAUAGAAGUGUUAAGUAAAUGUUUUUUAAAAAUAAGUCAUUUAGUUGUAAGUGAAUGUUGAUACGUUUUCCGACGGUGAGACGCUGGAGAGGUGGGAAAAGACGAAUCGAGGGCUAGCUUAGAGUUAGGCUUAACUAUAGAUAGGUUAGAAUAGCAAAAAAAAUGUUUCGACGCUAAGAUAGAUAGAUUAGAGACUAGACUAAGCGGCGAGCAGCGCGCGCGCCCGCCCCGGCGCUAGGGUAGUUUCCUUUGUUAGUUUAUUAAAUAAUUUAAUUUGAAUGGACUGAGGCCGGACAGGGCGCGCGCCCCCUCGCCGUAGCGUAAGAGAACUAAGAGAAUUAGUGAACACAUUUCGGGAUAAGUUUCAUUUGAACAAGUUUGCUUUCAUCUCUUUUGUUAUGUAGUUGACUAAGUGUAAAGAAAGAAAACUAAAUGAAAAAAACAGUCAGUGGGAAGUGUCGAUACGAAUGUAUUUGUCCAAUGUGUAUUAAAUAUAGUGUGGUGUUCUACCCGGCAGACUAGUCUAGACAGUAGAAUAGUUUAGAUAAAAAUUUAGUUAGGUAGCCUAGAAUACGAAAUGCAAAAAAAUAAAACUUCAUAAAAUGUAAAAAAAAAGAUGAAAUUGUUGGUAAGAAAGAAUAUUUUUAAGGGACAUGUUGCUUCGUUGUGUUAUGUGAGAUUUGGCAUAACUAUGAUAAUAGUGUAAAGGCAUUUCUCGCAGAGAAACACAUAGAGGAAAGUUAUGUAUCUAUUUUGUUACAAAGUGUUUGCAAGUUUCUAUAUUGUGCUAUGAGCAUUUUAUGUGACGCGCGUUAUUUAUAGUUAUGCUGAAUGGAGACUAAAAUAAUAUAUAAAUAAAAACAAAAUGGUACUAAGAAGCAUGUUUUAUUGUGACGAGUCAUGUUCCUUUGCAUUGAACAUAUUUUGUAAGAGCAAAUGAUUGAAAUAAAACAAGCAAAACCA